CAAGCCCCCGACACUUCCAAAGCAGAAACACCAAUCACGAGACACACCGCCCCCCGAACAAGCUAUCAGCGGAAUCUCUGUUCCUCGACUGCUGUUGCCGGCAAUGGCCGACUCCGACUCCGACGACCGCCUGCCUCCGGGAUGGACUGUGGAAGUGAAAGUGAGGAAGAAUGGUAAGAGAGACAAGUUUUACUUUUCUCCUUCAAGUGGACUUAAAUUCAAGUCCAUGGUAGAGGUUUCUCGUUAUCUUGACAAAGCUCAGAACAAUCAAGUCAGCGUCACAAACAUUUCGAAAAAUGUUGUAAUUGAGAAAGGUGUUGCAGAGGGGUUACCAGAAGGAUGGAUCAAAAAGACCAGAGUCACAAAAAAGAGUUCUACAAUAAGAAGAGAUUCGUAUUACAUUGAUCCUGUUAGUGGGUAUGUAUUCCGAUCUAUAAAAGAUGCUGUUCGCUAUCUUGAAUCUGGGGAGAUAGGAAGGAAUGCAUUCAAACCAAAAGAUAAAGGAAGUGGAGAUAUAGUAUUGAAAGAUGACAUUUUCUCUUCAGCAGGCGUAGCCAAGAAGCCAAAAUUAACAGUUGGCAGAGUGACUCGACACUCUGUCUUGGGUGAGGGUGCAAAUUUGGACGGGAUAGUUAAUGACCAUCAGACUCAAAAAACUGCAUCUACAGGAAAAUCUAUGCCUCUUUCCGAACACAAUUCUUGUCAUUGUGCGAUGGGCAUUGAAUUGACCAGCUCAGUUCCAUUGCAAGCUGAAUGUUCAGAUGAAAAAGAAGGGAAGGUUAGUUCAGCUGAAAGUAAUUUAAUUCCCAGUUGUGCAGAUGGAGUUGUCCCAGAAAAGCUACUUCCAGAAAGUUUACAGGCAAAACACGCAACUGAAACAGUUCAAAAAGGCCAGGGCAAAUCCAAGCGCAAGAAGGAGAUUAACUUGCCUCGCCGUGCCUCAAAACGUCUUGCUGGAAUUCAGGUUGAUCCUGUUCCAGAACUUAUAACAAGGCGCCGAAGUGCAGCUAAAAAUUCUAGUGAAGUAGCCUUGACAAAUGAGGAUAAAUCUUCAGGGAGUUUUCCUAAUGAGGAAACAAAACAGCUUACUGCGCAUGAGAGUGGAUCAGAAAUCAAGCAUAAACCUCGAAGUUUGAUGAACACAAAGGAGCCACCAAAGUUGAAUCAGGGCAAUCGUUCUUAUGGGAAUUUAUGUGCUCGAGAAAAGCUUCCUGAGAAGACUCUAGAAGAGCCAAAAAGUGAAAAAGAUCAAGAAUGCUGUUCUUUUUUGCCUCUGGGAAACACAGCUAUUGUCAAAGAGCAAGUGAAAGACCUGGAGGGUGGUGCAAAGUUUGACUACUCUCUUGACUUGCCCCUUGGAGAGCUAUUAUCAGACCCAUGCAUUGCAUUUGCAAUACAAACUCUUACUGAAGGAACAUUUGAAACCUCCAAAGACAGUCAGAUUUCAUCUGAAUUAAGGAAUAGCAAGUAUUCUGAAACUUCAGCUGCUGCUAAAGGGGAUGACAGGAAAAUCAUAGGGCAGAAUGUGAGUGACUGGAAGCAAGCAUGCAAUGUGUCUUCACCACCAAAAGACCUUGCGGCAGAACAUACUGGCAGUACUUCUGAAUCACCGUUUGGUAUUUCAUGGAUGGAUCCUUGCAUAGAAUUUGCAGUAAAAACUCUCACUGGCAAUAUCCCAGUGGGAUAUGACCCAAAUAGUGAGAGUUGCCUUCAGCAGCAGUUCGGAACUUCAAAUAACCAGGAACUCAAUGAGAUAGCCUUGUCAGGUGGUGGCCUAAAUAAUCUAUGCCAGACCGACUAUUAUUGCAGCCAAUAUCUUGGACCACAGAAUCCUUUAUUUAAACAACAGUCAUUUCUGGAUCCAGCUUUACCCAACACUAGAGGCGUUGGCAUGGGGGAUUCUGCUGGAGCCAGACUGCGCCAAUAUGGCGGCCAAGACAGAAGGAAUGGGUGCCAGAGAUAAACAAUCAGCUAGUAACUGUACUAACUUAAGACUGUACAGUUAGGAAAUAUUUUGUAAAAAGAUAACCAACUAAACCUUUAACAUCCUUUUGGUUGUUUUCUGAGCGUGGAAACCCUGGUUCUGGUGUUGUGUACAUUAUAGGAGUUGUUCUGAACUAGUUUCUUGUUAGCUUGACAGUAAAGUAGGUGUUUAACCUUUUCAUUCACUUUUACCAUUAUUAUUUGCAUUCUGGCAUGGUCCUCCCCUUCAA